AUGGCGAGCGCUUGGCCUAAUAGCCAAGAAGACUAUGAGUUGUUAGAGGUUAUCGGUGUCGGUGCAACGGCUGUCGUGCAUGCAGCGCUAUGUAAACCUAGGAACGAGAAGUGUGCCAUCAAGCGGAUCAACCUCGACAAAUGGAACACAUCCAUGGACGAGCUCUUGAAAGAAAUCCAAGCUAUGUCCUCCUGUAACCACGAGAAUGUAGUAACAUAUUACACAUCUUUCGUCGUCCGUGAGGAGCUUUGGCUAGUCCUCCGGCUUUUAGAAGGCGGGUCGCUACUCGAUAUAAUAAAACAUAAAGUGCGCGUGUCCAAUUGCCGCCACGGAGUUUUCGAUGAAGCUACGAUAGCUACAGUUCUCAAAGAAGUGUUACGUGGCCUUGAAUAUUUCCAUCAGAACGGACAGAUCCACCGAGAUAUCAAAGCGGGGAAUAUACUUCUAGGUGACGAUGGUGCGGUUCAGAUAGCUGAUUUUGGAGUGUCAGCUUGGUUGGACGGUCGAGAUUUGUCCCGACAAAAAGUCCGCCAUACUUUCGUAGGCACGCCUUGCUGGAUGGCGCCCGAAGUCAUGGAGCAAAAUCAUGGUUACGACUUCAAAGCAGACAUAUGGUCGUUCGGGAUCACCGCUAUAGAAAUGGCUACCGGCACUGCGCCGUACCACAAGUAUCCCCCUAUGAAAGUCUUGAUGUUAACUCUUCAGAAUGAACCGCCUACUUUAGACACAGGGGCGGAAGAAAAAGACCAGUACAAAGCCUAUGGGAAAACGUUUAGAAAAAUGAUUUCGGAGUGUUUGCAAAAGGACCCGACGAAGCGACCGUCGUCGACGGAACUGUUGAAGCACGCGUUCUUCAAGAAGGCGAAGGACAGGAAGUAUUUGGUGCAGACGCUGGUGUCGACGGGGCCGAGUAUGGAGACGAGGGCGCAUAAGGCGUCGCGUCGGCAACCCGGGGCUUCGGGACGCUUGCACCGGAUGGAGACAGGCGAAUGGGUGUGGGAAAGCGACGAUGAAAAUGACGAUGACGAAGAUAACGCCGCCCGCGACCGGCCCAUGAACACCCUCGCGCGCGCAGACUCUUCCGAUGAGGACGAAGAACCCACAACAGGCGCUGGAGGCUUCACCAUCGGCUCUCUAGGCACCAGCACUGAGGAACCACCACUGAUCAAUCUAGUUCUACGGAUGAGGAAUGAUAGAAAUGAGCUGAAUGAUAUUCGGUUUGAAUUCGCGCCCGGGAAAGAUUCAGCGGAUGGGAUUGCAACGGAGCUAGUUGGAGCGGGGUUGGUGGAACAGAGGGAUGCGAGUGCUGUAGCGGUGCACUUACAGAGGUUAGUGGACGACUGGCUGUCGGCCGACGGAGCCGCGCCGCUGCGCACGGCCACGUUCCGCCUGGACGCGGCGCCGGCGCAGCCUCUCGACGAGAAGGGGCUGGUGGGGUACGCGCAGAUUUCCAUCGUCGACUAGGUUACACUUGGCUCCACGCGGAUUUUAGGCAACACCGUUUUUUUUGUGCUCUAUUCGCUCAGAGCGUCCUACUGUGUUCGUGUUCGAUGGUAACUUAUUUAGUGUUGACGAUUGUAAGCAUUUUGAAGAAAUUACCGUAAAUAAA